AUGGACACCGUGGUAAAUGACGGACUGGCGGGGCCUCACGGCACCACGCAGGCGAAGGUCGCACAGGCAUCCCAACCGGGGGACGAACACGAGCUGGAAGGACUCGAGGCCUUGGGAUACAAGUCGGAGCUGCGUCGCAACCGCUCGGUCAUCACACUCCUCUUCCAGACGCUGGCCAUUGCCGCGAUUCCCUUUGGGGAAGGGGGCCCUCUGCUCAGUGCCAUCUACGGCGGAGGCCCAUUGUCCAUCUUCGUCGGUUGGCUCGUGGUUGGCGUCUUCUGCGAGUGCAUUGCCCUCUCGCUGGCCGAGCUUGUGUCCCGGUAUCCCACCUCAGCCGGGCCCUAUUACUGGUCUUUCCAAAUCGCAGGGAGCUCCAAAGCUGCCGUGUCCUUUGUCACCGGCUGGGUCUGGUUGAUUGGCAACUGGACCAUCACCCUGUCUGUCAAUUUCGGUUUCGCGUCGAUGGUCUCGGCCUCGAUCUCAAUGUUCCAUCCAGGAUGGACAAUUGCUAACUGGCAGCUUCUGCUGAUCUUCUACGCCAUCUGCCUGGGAACGUUCCUUAUCUGCACUUUCGGUAACCGAUACCUACCCCAGGUGGAUAUCAUAUGCGCCACCUGGACCCUGCUGACGAUCCUGGUCAUCCUCGUUGCGCUUUCCGUCAAAGCAGGCGCGGGCAGGCACGGUGCUGCCUAUGCGUUGGGCCACUACGACUCCAGUUUCUCGGGCUGGUCCGGCUUCACUUUCUUUAUCGGACUUCUCCCGGCCGCAUACACCUUCUCGGCUGUUGGCAUGAUUUCGUCCAUGGCGGAGGAAUGCAGCAAGCCAGCCGUGAAGGUCCCACGGGCGAUCAGCCUCUGCGUUCCCGUGGGCGGCAUCGCUGGGCUAUUUUUCAUACUCCCCAUCUGCUUCACCCUACCCCCAAUGGAAGAUAUCAUCCAGGCCCCCAUUGGCCAGGCCCUUCCAUAUAUCUUCCAUCUGGUUGUGGGCAGCCCCGGCGGUGGUCUCGCCCUCACCAUCCUUGUACUAAUGAUCACUUUCUUCGCCAGCAUCAGCAUUACCGUCGCCGCCUCACGAGCCACCUGGGCCGUCGCUCGAGAUGAUGCUAUUCCUCUCUCACGACUCUGGUCGCGCGUGGACCCAGACAUCGGUGUACCCGUCUGGUCUUUGGCUUUUGGGACCGUCAUUCAGAUGCUCCUAGGGCUCAUUAACCUCGGCAGCAGCAGCGCCUUCACGGCCUUCGUCUCGGUCGGUGUCAUCGCCCUGGCGGCCUCUUACGCUAUUCCCAUCGCAUUGAGCCUUUUCAGCGGCCGUCGCGAGGUGUCCCAUGCGCCAUGGACCUGCGGACCCAUCCUCGGGCCGAUCGUCAAUAUCAUCGCCUUGUGUUGGAUCGCUUUCGAGCUGGUUCUUUUCAGCAUGCCGACCUCAUUGCCUGUCGAUCGAGUUUCUAUGAACUACGGCUCUGUUGUCUUCGUAGGGUUCAUGGUUAUCUCGGCGUUCUGGUACGCUGUGUAUGCGCGGAAGUCCUUCAAGGGUCCGCCGGAAUCAAUCGAGCUAUCAUGA